AUGUAACUUUCUCUCUUUAGCUUUCUCACUUUGUCAAAAGAAGAAACUGAGUGUUGAGACUUGGAAGCUUAUUAAUUGAAAAUCGCAUGCCAUGGACGCUUUCAGGAAACAAGCUAGCAAGCUAAGAGACCAAGUUGCCAAACAACAACAGGCUGUAAUUAAACAGUUCAGCGGUAGCGGUUACGAGAGCUCGGAUGUUGUGGUCAUUGAUGAGGUUGAAAUGCAGAGACAUCAACAUAUGGACAAGUUGUACAGGGCUACCCGUGCCGGCAGGGAUUUCCAAAAAGAGAUUGUUAAAGCAGCGGAAACAUUUACAGCUAUAAGUUAUAAGCAUAUUGAAACAGGAACUAAACUUUCUGAGGAGUGCUGUAGAUAUGGAGCAGAGAACAACAGUGACAACAUAUUGGCUAAGGCAGCGUCAGUUUAUGGUGAUGCUCGCAAACAUGUAGAAAAGGAGCAUGAAGAGUUGAAUCGGCUUUUAUCUUCCCAGGUUUUGGAUCCUUUGAGACAAAUGAUCAUCGGCCCACCUUUGGAGGAUGCUCGCCAUCUUGCUCAGCGGUAUAGUCGGAUGAGACAAGAAGCAGAGACACAAAAAGAGGAGAUUUCUAGAAGACAAGCACGGGUCAGGGAAUCUCAAACUGCUGAGCAUGUUGCCAAACUGCAUGCUGCAGAAGCUAAGAUGCAGGAGCUGAAAGCAAACAUGGCAGUUCUAGGUAAAGAAGCUUCAGCUGCAUUGGCUGCUGUUGAUGCACAACAACAGAGACUGACUUUCCAAAGGCUUGUUGCUAUGGUUGAAUCAGAGAAGACUUUUCAUUCAAGAGUUGCAGCUAUUUUUGGUGAAAUUGAAACUGAGAUUGUCUCUGACAGACAGAAGAAAGAAUCAGCCCCUCCAGCCGUUCUGGUCCAGAAUGGCUCAGAGAAAACAAUGUACUUCUUGGCUGAGGCAAUGCAUCCUUAUGAUGCUGAAUCAGAAAAGGAACUGAGCUUUUCAAAGGGUGACUUUAUUGUCGUGAGGAAGGUGAGCCAAACAGGGUGGUCAGAAGGAGAAUGCAACGGUAGAGGAGGGUGGUUUCCUUCUGGCUACGUGGAAAAACGACAGAGAAUCCCCUCUAGCAACAUGGCUGGUGAAGUUUACUAGUUUCUUCUCCUCGUCCUAGUCAUUCUUUGUUUUGUCUCCCUUAUUUGGUUUUGCAUUACAUCAUUCAAAGAACAUAAGCAAAUGGAAUGUGGAGAGGAUGGUGGAAUUGAUGAAAUACAUGUAUCUUUGUUCAAUGCUUUAUGGUAAUGCCUGUUGGUUGAAUGAAGGAUAAUCGGAUUUGGAUUUUGAAGUCACAUGCUAAAUGGUAAUGCCUGUUGAAGCUUCAUUUGUGUGUCCAAACAAUUUUUAUUUGGAUUUGCAAUCCAUAUAAGACUUGCAAUGUAGUAAAAUAGAGUUUACGAAUUCAUCAUGUGUCACGUAUUUCAUCUCAA